GAUGACUCGAACUCUCCGACCCUGUGUAAAAUUUGUGUGUAUUUUAUGGUACGCUUCCCUUUUGAUUUUGACGGUGAUGAUAGUCUUCGGUUCAACUUCAGAAUCAGAGAUGGCACCAGGGAAAAAGUCCGAGAAAGUUCGUGAGCCAUGUAGAGGUUUGAUAUACUUCUGGACCCAGACUCCGGAUCCCAGCAAAUUGGAGCUCGGGAGGACAAGAUGCCUGGAAGCGUUCGAAGUCUUAAUAAAUAGGAUGAUAGGAAGGAACUUACCCGUUCUUCCUGAAUACCCUCACUGCGAGCGGAGAUAUACUAAAUUGUGGUUCGGCCACACAUGCGUAGUACAUAUGAAGAGGUUCAAGGACGGAAAGUGCAGAACCAUACCUAUUACUCAGUUCUUGAAGCGAAUUCCAGCCGCGGUUGAAACAACUCCAAUGGGUUCUAACCCUCAGACCACCGGUUCUGGCUAGAUAAUCAAGAUAGUGUCAAAUGGAUUGCAUUUUGCA